AUGCAGCCCCAGCGUCGUCCGCGUGAGUCCCUCACGCCCCAGCAGCUGCGUGAGUGGUACGCUGGUUGGGGUUGUAGGGGUGGCGGCGCUGCUACUGUUACCACUACUGCUGCUACUACUACUGGCGGCGGCCAGAUGCAGCUCCAGCGACGCCCACGCGCGUCUCUCACGCCCCAGCAGCUUCGUGAGUGGUACGCUCAGAGUAGAGGGUCUCUCAGUUCUGUUCGCUGCUCUUACGUGAUUCGCACUGGUGCUUGGACUGGUCAGCCUUGUGGGACACCUAGUCACACACAGUCCCGCUGCUUCGCCCGUCUGAGCGACGCCUGGCGUACCGAGUUUGGCGACGAGGCUGAGCUCCCCGACUGGGUGGAGUUACUUAGGCAGAGGGUAGAUAUAUUUGCUCUUGACUAUGAUGCUAUUCUCACUGCCAUGUAUGAAUUGCCUACUAGUGCUGACUGUGCCGGUCACCUGUGCAUACUACCUGACCCGGGUAUAGAGCCUGCUGCUCUAGCUGCUGGUGAGGCUGCUGCUCUGGGUGCUAGUGAGUCUCCUGCUCUAGGUACAGGUGCGGCUGCUGCUCUAGGUGCUAGUGAGUCUGCUUCCUCAGGUGCGGGUGAGUCUGCUCUCUCAGGUACCGCGUCGGCUCCGGCCUCUCACACCUUCACUCUUGACUCGGGGGCUUCCCGCUCCUUCUUUCGAGACCGCACCACACUCACCCCGCUUGGUCGGCCAGUUGCAGUCUCUCUGGCAGACCCCUCUGGGGGUCCUGUCCUUGCUCACUUCUCCACUGUCCUCCCGUGUCCGGCGGCCCCCUCUGGCACCCUGUCUGGUCUUUACCUCCCCUCGUUCUCUACAAACUUGGUGAGUGGUGCUGACCUACAGGAUGCGGGGGUUCACCAGUUCACUCCUGCGAGUCAGCGGGUGACCCACUGCACGGACGCUCGGACUGGCCGAUACCUGGCCACGUUUACACGUCGGCCGGGGUCGAGCCUGUACACGCUAACCACUGCGUCUCCUCCAGUCACUGCGUUUAGUCAGGUAGCUGCGUCGGGUCAGGUGUUUGCUGCAGCGUCCAGGUCUGGUCUUGAGUCUUCCCCCUGCUCGUGUCGUCUCCUGUCCCACGAGACUCUUCUCUGGCACCACCGCCUUGGUCACCCCUCCCUGCUUCGUCUCCGAAGCAUGGCCUCCCGUGUCCUUGUCUCUGGUCAUCCCCGGUCCCUCCCUCCCCUUCCUCCGGGGCCUGGCCCUACCUGCGUCCCCUGUGUCGAGGGGCGGCAGCAGGCUGCCCCUCACUCCUCUCAGUUUCCUCCGACAGAGGCCCCGCUGCAGACGGUUCACAUGGACGUGUGCGGCCCGGCCCGCGUUGGCGAUGCGUCUGCGUUCCGUGUCUGGGGAUCUCGGGCGUUUGUCCGCGACUUGUCUGCGGACAAGCUGUCCCCUCAUGCUGCUCCCUGCGUCUUCCUGGGUUUCCCCCCUAACGCGCCAGGGUGGCAGUUCUAUCACCCCACCUCUCGCCGUGUUCUGUCCUCCCAGGACGUCACGUGCGACGAGUCGGUCCCCUACUACCGUCUCUUCCCCUACCGCACUCCGUCCCUCCCCCCGCCACCGCUCUUCCUUGUGCCAGGUCCCCCCCCGGUAGACCCCCUCCCCCCUCAGGGUCCUGCCCCUUCAGGUGUGUCCCAGGUAAACGCUGUUGAGCCUCUCGAGGUCGCUGGUGACUCUGGUGCUACUGAGGGUGCUGAGCCUGGGGGUGCUGACUCUGGGGGUGCUGAGCGUGUGGGUGCUACGCCUGGGGGUGCUGAGCCUAGGGGUGCUGAGCCUGGGGGUGCUGAGCCUGGGGGUGCUGAGCCUGUGGGUGCUGAGACCGGGGGUGCUGAGCCUGGGAGUGCUGAGCCUGGGGGUGCUGAGCCUGGGGGUGCUAAGCCUGGGGGUGCUACGCCUGGAGGUGCUAAGCCUGAGGGAGCUGGGCCUGCUCGUGUGACGUCUGGCGGUGCUGUGCCUGGCGGUUCUCCGGGUGCUUCGUCUCGCCGAGAGCCACUCUCUCCACAGGAGCUGCGUGAGUGGUUUGCCCGGCGCUGGAGACGAGCUGCUGGAGCUGGAGGUGCUGCGGGUACUGGAGGUUCUGGUGCUGCUGAGGGUGCUGGUGCCGCGGGUCCCGGAGGUGCUCGUGCUGGGAGUACUGGAGCUGCUGGGCCUGUGGGUACUUCUGGAGUUGGAGCUACUGCGGGUGUUGACGCGGUGGCUACUGCUGUCGGUCCUGGAGGCGGUCCUGCUGGGGGUGCUACUGGUGCUGCUGGAGGUACUGGAGCUGGAGGUGCUGCUGGUGCUGGUGCUGCCGCUGGGGGUACUGGUGCUGUCCCUGCUGUGUCUGGAGUCGCCGCGCGUCCUCGGCCGUACUUCGUUCCGCUCCUUCAGCAGGUUCUUGGUCUCCCGCCUUCUACUGGUCCUCCUCCUCCCUUCGAGUGUCCACAGCCUGUCCCGUCACAGUUACAGCUACAGCCGGCCUCCCCACUGCCUGCUCCGUCUCCCUACACUCGUCCUACUAGAGGUCUUGCUGAGCGUUGUGAGCGUGCGUCUCGCCCUACGUCGCCUGUCCGUGCUGCUCGCACUAGUGGUCGCGGUUCGCGUCAGCGUCCUCCUCCUGUCCCAGGCACACACCGGAUGUCUCUGCGUCCGUCCAGUGCUCCUCUGCGUGCCCCUUUACCUUCUCCUCCUGAGUCUUCUCUUCCUGCUCUUGCCGACCCGAAGUCGGACUCUCUUCAUGCUGCCAGUCCUACUGUCACGCGUCUCCUUGCUACUGUUGUCACUGACCCUUCCUUUGAGUCCACUGCUGCGUCUGCCCUAGUUGCUGAGCUCGUCGACUUUGCUGCUCGCUGUCGCCUCGACUACGCCGCCAGUCUUGUUGCUGAGUCUGAGUCUGUCUGUCCUCCGUCCGUCGGGGGUGAGUGUGCCCUUGGCACGGACGUCCUUGAGGACAGGCAGGAGGAGUUCCAGUGUCUGGCUGCUGCUUCACCUCAUCUCGUGUCCGUACUGCUUACCCCUGAGGGAGACCCGGAUGCACUUGACAUCCCGACUCCGCGCUCUUACGCGGAGGCGAUAGAGGGUCCCUACUCCUCUCAGUGGCAGGCAGCUAUGGACGCAGAGAUGGCUUCCUGGAAGUCCACAGGCACCUACGUUGACGAGGUUCCCCCGCCUGGGGCAAACAUCGUCAGUGGCAUGUGGAUUUUCAGGGUGAAGCGGCCGCCGGGUUCUCCGCCUGUCUUCAAGGCGCGUUACGUGGCUCGUGGCUUCAGUCAGCGGUAG